AUGUGUAAGAAGAAGAAGAGAGUGCGUGGGAACAGUGAUACACGACUAAAGAAUGGUGAUGUUGUUAAUCGUGAAACAUUUGUCAAUAACACCAGAAUUGAACAGAUGUUUGUUUUAUAUUUCCUUUCGCAAGGUAAAACAGUUAAAACACAACUUCAGGCCGAGUAUAUCGCAUGUUCGCGUGUCGAGAGGAAGCGGCUGAGAGCGAAUCAUUCUUGGAUAUUUAUUCCUAAAUUAUUACACCACUUUGUGUUGGUGGUGGAGUGUUUCUUGUCUAACCCGCCCGACGCAACACCCGCCCGACGCAACACCCGCCCGACGCAACACCCGCCCGACGCAACACCCGCCCGACGCAACACCCGCCCGACGCAACACCCGCCCGACGCAACACCCGCCCGACGCAACACCCGCCCGACGCAACACCCGCCCGACGCAACACCCGCCCGACGCAACACCCGCCCGACGCAACACCCGCCCGACGCAACACCCGCCCGACGCAACACCCGCCCGACGCAACACCCGCCCGACGCAACACCCGCCCGACGCAACACCCGCCCGACGCAACACCCGCCCGACGCAACACCCGCCCGACGCAACACCCGCCCGACGCAACACCCGCCCGACGCAACACCCGCCCGACGCAACACCCGCCCGACGCAACACCCGCCCGACGCAACACCCGCCCGACGCACACCCGCCCGACGCAACACCCGCCCGACGCAACACCCGCCCGACGCAACACCCGCCCGACGCAACACCCGCCCGACGCAACACCCGCCCGACGCAACACCCGCCCGACGCAACACCCGCCCGACGCAACACCCGCCCGACGCAACACCCGCCCGACGCAACACCCGCCCGACGCAACACCCGCCCGACCGACGCAACACCCGCCCGACGCAACACCCGCCCGACGCAACACCCGCCCGACGCAACACCCGCCCGACACCCGCCCGACGCAACACCCGCCCGACGCAACACCCGCCCGACGCAACACCCGCCCGACGCAACACCCGCCCGACGCAACACCCGCCCGACGCAACACCCGCCCGACGCAACACCCGCCCGACGCAACACCCGCCCGACGCAACACCCGCCCGACGCAACACCCGCCCGACGCAACACCCGCCCGACGCAACACCCGCCCGACGCAACACCCGCCCGACGCAACACCCGCCCGACGCAACACCCGCCCGACGCAACACCCGCCCGACGCAACACCCGCCCGACGCAACACCCGCCCGACGCAACACCCGCCCGACGCAACACCCGCCCGACGCAACACCCGCCCGACGCAACACCCGCCCGACGCAACACCCGCCCGACGCAACACCCGCCCGACGCAACACCCGCCCGACGCAACACCCGCCCGACGCAACACCCGCCCGACGCAACACCCGCCCGACGCAACACCCGCCCGACGCAACACCCGGCCCGACGCAACACCCGCCCGACGCAACACCCGCCCGACGCAACACCCGGGCCGACGCAACACCCGCCCGACGCAACACCCGCCCGACGCAACACCCGCCCGACGCAACACCCGGGCCGACGCAACACCCGCCCGACGCAACACCCGCCCGACGCAACACCCGCCCGACGCAACACCCGCCCGACGCAACAUCCGCCCGACGCAACACCCGCCCGACGCAACACCCGCCCGACGCAACACCCGCCCGACGCAACACCCGCCCGACGCAACACCCGCCCGACGCAACACCCGCCCGACGCAACACCCGGGCCGACGCAACACCCGGGCCGACGCAACACCCGCCCGACGCAACACCCGCCCGACGCAACACCCGGGCCGACGCAACACCCGCCCGACGCAACACCCGCCCGACGCAACACCCGCCCGACGCAACACCCGCCCGACGCAACACCCGCCCGACGCAACACCCGCCCGACGCAACACCCUGCCCGACGCAACACCCGGCCCGACGCAACACCCGCCCGACGCAACACCCGGCCCGACGCAACACCCGCCCGACGCAACACCCGGGCCGACGCCCCUCUGCCCUGUCCUGGUUUUUACAGUUACGGCACCUCUCAACCGCCAGGUUAGAAAACACCCAGAAUCACUGCAUUUACAAGCUUCCAUUUGUGAGUGGAGUAAUGAACGAAUGGGUUUACAUGUAA